GUCGCCCAGUAUUAAAUUUUCUCCACACUCUCUCUCUAUAUCUCCCGUUUCCUCUUUGAUUUUCCCCUCUUCCUCUCCAAAAUAUCAUCUCUAAUAUUACAAGGCACCAUGGCUCAUAUAUCUUUCUUCGGGGUUUGUAAACUGCACAAUAAAAUUAAAUCAGUUCCAAUAUCUGUGUACUAGAUCCAACAUCGUUGUUCCAAAGAAGAAAAUUGAUUUGCAUGCAGAUACAAUUCUGUGCUAUCUGUUGUUCUGCUAGCAAAUAAAUUAAAUGGAGUGGCUAGUAAUCAUCAUUACAUUGGUUGUGCUGUGGGUGGCUUCACUCUUUAAAAUUCUCCACGAAUCUCUCUCUGCCUCACAAGCUGCAGUUUUAAAUGAUGUUGGAGUUUUUCGCGAGAGAAAUGUCUUAUUGGUUAUUGCCCAUCCUGAUGAUGAGUCUAUGUUCUUUACUCCAACCCUUAAUUAUUUGUCUUCGAGAGGAUGUAAUUUGCACAUAUUAUGCAUGUCAACAGGUAAUGCAGAUGGUAUGGGCAAUGUCAGAAAAGAAGAACUCUAUUUAGCCUCGAUUGUGCUUAAGAUUCCACAAAAGCAAGUGAAAGUCCUUGACCAUCCAGAUCUACAGGAUGGUUUUGGCAAAUCAUGGAACUCUAAGUUAUUGUCAAAGAUUAUCAAGGAGGAAAUUGCCAAUUGUGCAAUUGAUUUGGUCAUAACUUUUGAUAAUUAUGGAGUCUCAGGUCACUGUAACCAUCAGGAUGUUCAUCAAGGUGUACGAAAAUUAUUGCAAGAUACUUCACAUAAAGAAGUUGACGCCUGGGAGCUUGUUAGCACUAACAUAUUGCGCAAGUACAGUGGACCAGUGGACAUAUGGUUGUCCCUUCUAUCUGCUAAGUUCCAUUUAAGUGGAGUGGUGCAUUGCUUGCUAAAUGAACAUCCCAGAAGGAGCUUAGCUGCAAUGGCUCAGCACAAGAGUCAGUGGGUUUGGUUUCGCAAGCUAUUUGUUUCUUUCUCAAGUUACACAUAUGUCAACUGCCUUAAGAAGAUCAAUUAAAUACAUGUAAGUUUAUUGGUUCCUCAAGAUACUUGAUCAACCAAAUGUUGGUUCAGCAAAUGGGAAUAGUAGGUAAACCCGCUUAGUUGAUCAGUCUCGCAUCUCAGAAGCUUUAUAAAGCGAAGGCAGUGUUAGAAUUAUUGGUAAUUGCAGAAAUAGUUGAGCCCCCACUCGGUGUCCAGUACUCGCAUUGGGCCCGAUGCUCUUUUUAUUUUAUUUUAUUUUAUUUUAUUUUAUUAAGUUAUUAGUGGUUUUGUUUUGGUGUGGAUUUGGUGGCACAAAGCCAGUUAAUUAAAGACUAGUUCCCAUUCUAACUCUUUUCUUUUUUUUGGCUCCUCUUUUGAACAACAUUGCUGGACUUUUGGCUUAAGAAUUGACAUUGCCUUUAAAGAGUGGUUUAUUUACCAUUA